AGCAGUGGUUGAGGAUUGAGCCCACGCUGCACUCGAUAGUAAACACACAGGACACGUUGUAGCAGUGACGGUUUUAUUAUACAUUUCCUGUCCCAUAAACGAUGAUAUUUAGGAAUUAAUCCGCUAUGCAGAGCUGUGCUCCAGCUUCAGUUUCAGCUCGCCUCGGGAGUUUAUCUCCUCCCCUGUGUUUAUCUCUGACACACGGCUCAGGACUGGUGGACGCCGCCAUUGAGCACGUCAUCAUCCGGAAUGAUUUUCACGCCGCUUUUGAGGCUUGUGAAAAAGGACUGGAGAGUUUAUCUCAUGCUGAUGAGCAAGAACUCAACUGUUCCAGGCACGGAGAGCUGAAAGCAGCGCUCUGCAUCGUUGGAAUUCAAGCCCUGGCUGAGUUAAACCAGUGGCAUGACGUGCUGAAAUGGGUUUUGCAGCAUUAUGGUGAAACAGAGCAAAUUCCUGCAAAGAUCAUGCAGAUGUGCAUUCUUCUUUACACCAAAGUGUCAGAGCAGGCAGCGGUGCAGGAGGCGGUGAGAACAUGGCUGCUUUGCGACUCGAAUACGAGUUUGUCAGGUUACAGCAGCGUGGCAGAGCUCUACAUCCUGCACGUCCUUCUGCCGCUGGGCCAAACCUCCGAGGCCAAGGAGCUGCUGAUGGAUGCUGUAGGACAAGUCGCCUUUACAGAUGCUCAGAGACAAACUGCACUGACGAUUCUUGAGAAUCAUGAUGCUAAAAAGACAAAAGACUCAUACACAAACCCUGAACCCCUCCCUGUGGACACAAAGAAAAUGAUAUCUCAAGGGUCAGUGGUGCGGAAGCUGAAUGCAGUUAUGAGGCUGUUGUACAGAGGACUCUCUUUGGCAGGUGUCACUGCCUGGUCACGCUUUAUUCACAGAACUGCUGUGCUUUUAUUCCUGCUGUACCUGCUGCUCAUACGGAUGGACCCAGCUUUGCCUUCAGCUUAUCCCUGGAUCCUCCGGCUGUAUGGACUCUGGCAGCAGAUGUGGAAUGCCAUGUUUGGACCAUACUACAGGUCUUCUUCCUGAAAAAUCCAUUUUUGCACAAUAAGCUGCAGAAAAACCAGAAAUGAAGAUGAAAACACUGCAACCAUUUGAUUGUAAUUAACACAAUUAGGAUUUAUGUGCUUGUACAGAAAGGCUCAUUAGCCACUUUACACUUUUUAAUGAUGGCUGUUCUUGCUGCAAGUGCUUGUAAAAUAUACCUUUUCUUGUCAAUGCUGUGGUAAGCUCAUGUAUCUUAAGCAUGUCCUUUUCCUGGAAAUCAUGUAGUGCAUCAUCAUAGAAGCUAAUUUAAGUUACAAGAGUGAUCCUUAAGGCCAUUUUACCAGGUAGACUAAACUAAACUAAACUGAAGACUAAUGGUACAAAAGAUCCCAGUACCUUCUUUUUCCUGACGUUUGUUGCUCACAACACUACUGUUCUUGAGAUUUUACCUUAUCAGCAUUUAGGAUGUUGAACAUCUCUUGUUACUUAAUAAACAUGAAGUAAUCUGGAGUUUACAGAUCCUGUAUGUCAGAGGAAGAUAAACUGGGAAGCUGUACUUCUUACACAAGUUUUAGCAAUGUGGGAACUACUGUAUGUCAGGGCACUGCUGAAAUUCCAGUGGAUGUAAAAAGUCUUCACACCCCUAUAUGAUGUAAAUAACCGAAAUUCAAGUAAGUCAAAUAGAAAUGGGUUUUUUGAGGAAAUAAAAGAAAAACUUAUAAUAACCUGCAGUAACCUAUCGUCCACUGUUUCUGUAGGAUUUCUUAGCAUUUUGUUUUCAUAUAACUGCUAAAGCCAAAGCUAAAGCUUUUGUAAAAGAGUUUAUAUAAAGCCUGUAAAAAGGGUACAAAAGAAUAUUUAAACAUUUCCAAGAAUUUCAAUGCACCAUGAAUGACCAUGAAGGCCAUCUUCAACAAUUAGAGAAAAUGGGGCACUACAGUGACAUCACCAAGAACAGGACGUCCCUCUAAAAUUGACGAAAGGUCAUCAGGGAUCAAGCUGCUGAAAACCAGCAGCAACAGUAAGCUGUGCUAUUCUACACGUCUGGGCUUUAGGUCACUUUAACUUUCACUUGGUGACUGGUCAAAUAUCAACAAUAAAAGCUGAGCUAUUGGGUUAUUGGGUUGCUGUAUAACAUCAGUAACGUUAAUAUAGACUGCUGCUCAAGAGUUACUGAUUACGUUAUCCUAUUUAGCUAACUAAUGCAUAAUGACAUAAUUACAGAUGUAUUGACAUACACAAUAAAAUCCUUCAUUGUUGCAAGCUAACAUUAGAUUUCAUAUUAUAAAAGAUUGGCAUUAUGGUUAUCACAGGACGUGCUCACCUCUACAUGUUUUCUUAAAUAUGAUGUUGAAUUCUUGUAAGUAGAAAUUAUAUGUUACUGAAGCAGAGCAGGCAUCCGAGUAUAAAAGACUCUUUGUUCUGUUCUACAAAUAAAUCCU